UUCAUGCAUUUGUGCAUGGUUACAGGCCUCGUAACCUCAAGAGCUGGUGGGCAAUUGUGUGCCAGUUUCCCUAUUCUCAAAAAAAACGCAUAUAGAUGAAAGUUUAUCGAGUUGUUUUAAACGCAUGUGAUUUCGCGUUUGCUAGUUUGUUGUCGUCAUAACACAUAUAAUAUAGUCCUUUGCGCAAAAUAGGCAUUAAUUGCCGACUUUAUUGUAUGUCUGUUUGCAAAUAUAGUUAAGUAUAUUUUAAAUUAUUUGUUGUUGUAUCAGUCGUAUUUGUAUUUUUACGCAUACAAUUUUCGGGACUAUGACCCAUGCUUAAGUUUAUAGUCGUUUCAUGUAGAAUAUGCCGCUGAAACGUUUCACGCAUGAACUAACCAAAUUUUCGAUCUGUUGUAGCGCUAAGCCUAUUGAGACGUUCACAGGCACAUUUAGGCCACGUCCAACAGAGGGAACAAUUCGCUUGUCAUGUCUACUCGCAUUGAAGAGGUGCUGAAAAUCAAUCUGCAACUUGCUGGAGAAAUGGAUUCCAAACUUGGUGUUGCAUUCUCAGGCGGUGGAAUUCGGUCAGCGGCCUUCUGUUCAGGGGUUCUGCGCAGGCUCCUUAAGAAAGAAGCAGAACCUGAUUAUUUAAGCUGCGUGUCCGGCGGAGGUUACACUGGAAGUGCUUACGUCGAGUGGAAAUGCCGAAAGGGAAGCACUACAGAUUGGACUGAGAGAUUCUUCGAGAAUAUGCGAAAACGAGCAGGAUAUUUUUGCAACUGGCAAAGUCGCGAUUGUUGUUGUGACUCUAUGAUAUUAUGUGCUUUGCUAUUUUUUGUUUCAACAUUCGUUCCAAUUGUUGGUUGGGGUUCUUUCGCUUUUCCAAUUGCUUUCUUCAUCAAACUUUUGUAUGGGAAGUUUCUUGAUGGUGCAAAGUGUAGGCACGUGGCUGGCAGCUCCGAUUGUCACGAACGUGCCUUCCUUUUUUCCAUCUCUUUGGUUAUUCUUGUUCUUUUCCAUUUCCUUGAAUAUCUUUGCAAACAUUGCGGCGAGAACAGAAGAAAUUACUUAAAGAUGAAGUGGGUGAGGGUGUUUCUUAAAUUGGGCCAGUUGUUUGCUGGUGCUUCGUUCGUUUUCACUCUUCUGCCAUGGUUUAUUCACGAUUUCCUACGACAUUUGCAUUCUGUCAUUCAGGUCGGGGUAGUUUUUAUCACUGUAAUCUUCUGGUUUUUUGUUCCGCUUUUGCGAAAAUACUCUUCUCUGGUCCUUUUGAUUUAUUAUUACUCGUACGUCGUGUACUGGCAUCUGUUCAGGAGGAAGUUAUUCCACUUAAAGUAUACGAAAGAGAGAUUUGAAUUAUGUCUGUAUGCAUCUUUGUGCAUAAUAGCAGUAUUCGCGAUUCUGGGAGAUAUUCCACUUCGCUUGGUUUACGUCUAUAACAGGUGGAGAUUGCAGAAAGCGUUUUAUUACCACGAAGACAAUGACAAAUUUUGUACAUGUGAAGAACAAUGUUGCUACUGUUCUGAUCUUUUUGCUGGAGGCCACUGUUCGUCGUGUUGUUGUGCAUCUUGCAUGUGUCCACCAAAAGACGACCAAGGGGUUAUAAACGACCACCGAGCAGUGACAUUAGGAGACUUAAAAGGAAUAAAACCAGAGUAUUUAAGCAAUAUGGUGGUGAAUGGUUGGCGCCGAAAAUACGAUCAAAAAUAUUGUCUUCUCACCAUGUGCUCUAAAGGUAUUUCUGUGAUAGACCAACAACCGCGGACUGGUCAGGUUCGUCGAUCUUGUCCUUCGGCGUAUUCUGCGGUAACCAAUCAUCCACCACAACGUCACCAGAAUCUCGAAGAAUUCAGAGAAAGCUGUUUAAAUGGCGAAUAUUUCAAAGGGAAGAUGAAACCCAGCGAUGUGAAAUUAUCCUCAGCCAUGGCAAUGUCUGCUGCGGCAGUUUCACCCAACCUUGGAAAGCAUAAGGCAGAAGAAAAUAGAUUUACGCAUAUUUUAACCUUGCUCAACAUGGAGAUGGCUGCACACCUUGUUUAUAAUAUGACGGGCGAGAGAGAAAGCGGCGUGUGCCACCAGUUUCGGUUAUAUUUUGCAAAUAUAACCGUGUCUCUGUUAAUCGGUGGUGGAGGAUUUGGAAUAUGGAAAUUGCUGAAACCCCACAUCCACGGCUUCCCUGUGUUAACUACAAUUGGUAUUAUAUCAGGAGUAUUCGGGCUACUACUAGUCAUGUUGAUCAUCUAUAUUUGUUGCUGCAAUCGCAUGAAUGACUAUGAUGGUUGCGACCCCUGUGACUGUCCUGAUUCGUGUAGAUGUGACGAGAAUGUAAAAAAAUUGACCCCAGCCAGAUGGCUUACUGUACACCUGCCCAUUUACCGUUUCCUUCUUUCCCUUUUAAACUUCAUCCACGAUGGUCCAAAACCACCAGCGAUGUUGCAUCUCAGUGAUGGCGGCCAUUUUGAAAACUAUGGUCUCUUACCCCUGUUAAAAUUGCGACUGCCGAGAAUUCUGGUCGCGGAUGGUUCCCAUAUCAAGUCAGACGAUGAUUACGCCGACGAAAUUAUACAGAUAAUGAAUCACGCGCGUGAGAUAUUAGGCUGUUCUUUCACUGCAAUGGAUGGAGGAGAUGUGUUGGCUGAUAUAAGGAAUAAAUAUAUCAACCCCGAGGAUGGAAUGUAUCCAAGAAUGUAUGAAUUCAAAGUUCGUUACUCCGAUAAAGGUUGCCAUGAGGUUCGUGAAGGCCACAUUGUCUUAAUUUCCCCGCGUUCUCUACCAACGGAGGAUUGCUUAUCGGGUACAGCCAGUGAAUCUAUGGAGAUGGCAGAAAUAGGCGGCCAAAGCUCCAGGGGUAAUACUCCGGUGACAUGGCAAACCGUAGGUGAGAAUCUUGAUGAAAGAAAAUGGGGUUCAGGACCCAUUCUCAAAGAGGAAACAAUCAACGAUAUUUCUGGUUUCCCUGCUGGAUUAGGCUGUUGUGAUUGCAAGAGUCGUUGUUCCUGCUGUGAUAGUUUCUUGGCCUUUCCUCGUCAUACAACUAUGAAUCAGUUUUUUACACCUCGUAUGUUUACUGUUUAUCACAGAGAAGGUUACAGAGCGUGUAUGGAAUGCGAUGAUUUUCUAAAACCAGCUAGUAAAAGUUUCAAACAACCCAAAUUAGUGACACAUGUGUAGUUUACUCACCAAAAUCCAGGACUGGUUAUGUAUGGUAUGGGCGCGUCUGUUACAUGCAUGGAAUGAUUGAAAUAUCCAGCCUGGACGAAUGUUUAUUUUAUUGUUUUCCUCAAGGAAAACUACCAGAAUUAAGUUAUAACAAAAGGAAAUUUCUAAGGAGUCAUCUCUUUUUCGGAUACAUUUUACUGCUAAAUGUCAUAUGUGGCUCUAAUAAUAGCUUUUUAUAAUUCUAUUCUAGAAACCCGGUCGUAUAGAACUAGCUUCUAUAACUACGUUUUAAUUUAUACUAGUUAAAAUUUAUUGGCAGUGAACUCUCAAAUUGCAUGUCGAUAUUUAUUAGCCCCUAAUUAAUAGGUAUAAUUCAACUACUCUUUGUAUAUACAUGGUGAGUAAAAAAAAACGGACACCUUUGAAAUUCAAAUUAGCUGCGAACUUAUGGC